AACAAUGUAUUUAAUAGUAAUUAUUAUUGACUUCCAAAUCAUGAAACAUAAUCACUCAAUCAUCAGGUGCCUGCUUGGCCUGUCGCAUGUUGAAUUGUUCAAAAACUGUCGAUAGAAUGGAACAAAGAAAAUAUGUAUGUUUUGAGAAUAGUUACAUUUAAAACCCAAACAUUACUUUACAAAUGCAACCACUAUUGUUCCCGUAUGCAAUGUAAAAAUGAACGAAUCCACUCCGUGUUCCCACUGAGCGCCAAUCCGUACUUUACUUCUGCCUGUACGGCUCAGUAAAAUGGCUGUAUCUCGCGGAGCCUCGUGCUGGUUCGCUCCGUUCCUUGCGUCUACUCUCGCUCAGUAAUAGAACCCCCAGAAUAUAUGUCUGUUUAUGCAUCCUUGAGGUUUAUUAUUACGUGUCCAAUUAUUUUCACAUCGGAAUCAGGAGACAACCGGAUUCGGUCCGGUGAAAGGGGUGGGAAUGAAUCGGGACAAGGAUAAAUGGUUAUAAACAAUUAUUUAUAUUCAAUGCUAGCGUUUGAUUGUGACUGACUCGCCGAGAGAGGGGGGUAUUAUGGCCGCUCAGGUCGCCAGCGCCGCCACUCUCAACACAAGCCCGCCUUCCGAACUAAAGAAGCCGGAUCGAGACCCAAAUGAGGAUUCUAUACUGGGGGAAAAGCAGCAGGAAAACAAGCAGUCGGGAUUAGAGCGCGGAUCUCCGGGCCGGGGGGAUCUGCAGGACGGGGCCGAUGUUGGAAAUGCAGGGGGAGGAGGGGAACCUGAGAUGAAGAACGGGAACGGGAACCCGUCCAGGACUAUUAAUAAUCAGAAUGAUUCCAUCGGAUCCGAGGGGAAUAACCAUCCCGGGAUGGUACACCACCAUGGGUCCGGUUUUCCUCCACCUUCUUAUGGAUACAGUCAACACUACGGCCGGGCCCCUUUUCAUCAACAUGGCGGACAACAAAGCCCUGGCAUGGCAGCUGCUGCAGGUCCAGCCGUGCAGUCGAGCAAUAUGAUGGACCCAUAUCAACCCAAUUCGCACGACCAUGGCUUUUCUAACCACCAGUUUAACAAUUACAAUCCAUUCCCGAACAGAACUCCCUAUUCUGGCCAAGGAUACGGCAUGAACCCCUCGCGUAAUACCCAGGCUCCGGCUGCUGGGGGACAGCCAGCUAACGUUAAGCAGCAACCAGCAGGAGGACCCACAGCAAUGGCUGCAUCUUACAACAAUCAGAGAUAUAAUAUGGGGAAUCCACAGCCAACAUCUACCCCAACCCUCAACCAGCUCCUAACCUCUCCGAGCUCCACGCGGGUAUAUCCAAAUUACCCAUCUAGUGAAUAUAGUAAUCAGGAAGGAGCUAGUAAGGGACCAACAGACACGGGCAGUAGCGGUCAGUAUGGAGGGGGGAAUCUGGGUUGGCAACAAAGGACCCAUCAUCCGCCGCCUAUGAGCCCUGGAAGUACAGGGCAACCCCUAGGUAGAAGCCAGCCCCCAGGUGCAAUGGAUCCGAUGGCUAAAAUGAGAGGCCAGCCGUAUGUUGGGGGCAGUCCAUACUCCCAACAGCCUGGGCAGGGGCCUCCCCCAGGAGCCCAGCAGGGUCAUGCAUACCCGGGCCAAGGCUACGGUCCACUUAGCUCCCAGAGAUACCCGGUGGCCAUUCAGGGCCGCACCCCUGGGGCUAUGGGAGGCAUGCAUUACGGGCAGCAGAUGCAAUCUUAUGGACAGCAGGGACCAGGAGGCUAUGGGCCUCCGGGCCAAGGGCCCUACUACAGCCAACAGGGCCAGGCUUCACACCCAGGCCAGCAGCAAGGGCCCUACCCCCAGGCACCUCCAGGACAGCAGGGUGGUCAAACCACCUACCCUCAGCAGCCCCACCCUUCCCAGACGUCAUCCUCCCAUGCCCAGGGUGGGCCGCCCUAUCCGCAGCCCCAUAUGCCCCCCCAGUCCCAGGGCCCGCAGCCAGGUCCAUCCCAAGGGCCCCCACAGUCUCAACCUCCCUACUCCCAGGGCCCUGUCCAGGCUCAGACCCAGUCUGGUCAGCCUCCUUACCCCCAGCAGCAGGGGCCUCCCAGUCAGCCACCACAGCAGGCCAGCUCCCAGGUCCCAGCAGGGUCGCAGCCCCAGCUUAGCUAUCCACCCACGCAGGGCCCACAGCAGAUCUCCACACAGCAGCAGCAACCCCAGACACCCGCUCAACCCCCUCAGCAACCACCAGGUCACAGCCAGCAUCCACAGGUCCAGCCUGCAUCCUACUCCCAGAAUCCUCCACAGCAACAGUCACAGCAGUCACCUUACCAACGCUUCCCUCCUCCACCACAGCAGGAGAUAUCCCAGGACUCGUUUAGUUCCCAGUCUAGCGCCCCUCCCUCCAACCAGCCCAAAAGUGGCUCGGAGGACGUCAGCGUACAAGGCCGGCCGUCCAGCCUACCGGUGAGUCCUCACCCAACCUGUGCAAAGGAUCUCUCAGGCUCCAUCGAUGACCUGCCCACGGGCACGGAUGGCGCUCUGAGUCCUGGCGUGAGCACUUCAGGUGUGUCAAGCAGCCAGGGUGAGCAGAGCAACCUGGCCCAGUCGCCCUUCUCGCCCCACACCUCUCCCCAUCUGCCAGGCAUCCGAGGGCCCUCGCCGUCGCCCGCCGGCUCCCCUGCCAGUGCCACCACCUCCCGCACGGGACCCCUCUCACCCGCCACAAUGCCAGGGACCCAGAUGCCCCCUAGACCAUCGAGUGUUCAGUCUGACGGGAGUCUGCACCCCGCCAUGAGCCAGUCUCCCAUGGCCCAGGACAGAGGGUUCAUGCAGAGAAACCCCCAGAUGCCCCCCUACGGCUCACCACAGUCUGCCUCUCCCCUGUCACCCCGACAGUCCUCUGGAGGCCAGAUGCACCCUGGGAUGGGACCUUAUCAGCAGCAGAACAACUCCAUGGGGGGCUACGGACCUCAGGGUGGGCAGUAUGGCCCACAAGGUUAUCCCCGGCAACCUGGAUACAACAACAUGCCCAAUGCCAACUACCCUGGCAUGGGCAACCCCAUGAACCCUGGCAACCCCAUGUCUGGGCAAGGGGGGCUGCCAUUUGCAGGCAUCCCCCCUGGUAGAAUGCCUCCGGGCCAGGUGGGAGUGCGUCCCUAUGGCCCCAACAUGGGGCCCAACAUGCCACCCAACAUGGGUAACAUGCCACCUCAGGUGGGCUCAGGGAUGUGCCCUCCCCCCGGCCUCAACCGGAAGGCCCAGGAGGCUGCAGCUGUAGUCAUGCAACACGCUGCUACCAACUCCAUACACAGCAGGAUGCCUGGCUACCCCAACAUGCCCCCUGGCAUGAUUGGCCCUGGCGCCCCCUAUGGCCCUCCCAUGAACAACAUGCCUGGCAUGAUGAACGCGCAGGGUGGCUCGCCUUUCCCUAUGGGGCCCAACAUGGCCAAUAACUCCAGUGGUUUGGCCCCAAGUCCAGAGUUUGGUAUGGAUGGAAAAAUGAACCAGGGCCAGAAGAUGAACAACAAAGUGGACGGAACACCGAAAGCGGAACCGACUAAAUCCAAGAAGUCGAGCUCUUCCACGACAACCAACGAGAAGAUCACCCGUCUGUACGAGUUGGGCCCCGAGCUCGAGAGGAAGAUGUGGGUGGACCGCUACCUGGGCUUUAUCGAGGAAAAAGCCAUGGGCAUGACCAACCUGCCUGCUGUGGGCCGCAAACCCCUAGACCUCUUCAGACUCUACGUCUCGGUCAAGGAGAUUGGAGGCUUCGCACAGGUCAGUGUGAACAAGAACAAGAAGUGGCGUGAGCUGUCCACCAACCUGAACGUUGGCACGUCAAGCAGCGCCGCCAGCUCCCUGAAGAAGCAGUACAUCCAGUGUCUGUACGCCUUCGAGUGCAAGAUUGAACGCGGGGAGGACCCCCCUCCUGAGAUCAUCACUGACAACAAGAAGGCCAACCAGGCCAAGGUCCAGCCACCCUCCCCAGCUGGAUCAGGUUCUCUCCAGGGCCCUCAGACCCCCCAGUCCACCAGCAGCUCUAUGGCCGAGGGCAGCGACCUCAAGCCCCCCACACCUGCCUCCACCCCACACCCCACCCAGAUGCCACCCGGGGCCAGGAGCAAUGUGGCCCUGCAGGACCCAUUUGCUGACGGUAGUGACCCUACUUUCCCCAGAAGGAACUCCAUGACCUCUAACUCUGGCUACCAGUCUGGCAUGAGCACCCCAGAGAUGCCAGGUCGCAUGGGUCCAGGGCCCUAUGAGGGUCCAGGGCCUAACAAAGACCCCUUUGGUGCCAUGCGGAAAGUUGGGGAGCAGUUCUUGCCUGCCAGUCAGGGUCCUAACAGUGGGAUGGCUGAACAGCAACAGUUUAACCGUGGGCCUCCACCAGGUGCUAUGGGGAACAUGUCGAUGGCUCAGAGACAGCAGUAUGGACCAGGCCCUUACGGACAAGGCUACGAGAGGAGGCCAGAGCAGGGGAUGGGCCCAGAGGGCAGCAUGGGAUCUGGUGCACCGCAGCCAAACCUGAUGCCCGCUAACGCCGACACAGGGAUGUACUCGCCAAACCGCUACCCAUCACAGCAGCAGCCACGGAAUGAUUCCUAUGGUAAUCAAUAUCCUGGCCAUGGUACUCCCCCUGGUGGUUCCUAUCCAAAUCAACAGCCAGGAAUGUACCCACAGCAACAACAGGUGAUGGCUCCAACUCACUGUAACUACAAGCGUCCUGUGGAAGGGGGCUACCCACCAGCGAAGCGACACGAGGGGGAGAUGUACAGUGGGCCCUUCAGUGCAGGGCUGCAGCAGCAACAACCGCAGCAGCAGCCAGGGGCAGCCUCUGCACCCCCUGCUGGCCAGCCAGAGAUGUACCAACCACAGUACAACAGCGGCUCCUUCCCCGGCACUGACCGCCGCCUGCCUGGUCCCCAGGGCCAGUUCCCCUUCCCCUUCAACAGAGAGCGCAUGCAGGCCACCACUGGGCCCAACGCCCAGCCCUCCAUGCCGCCUCAGAUGAUGCAGCCAAGCCCUGACGGCCCCCAGGGUGGCGCGUGGCAGGGCCGCGGGGAGAUGAACUAUCCUGGCAAUUACCCCAACCGGCAGGGUGGCCCCCCAGGGGGCUCAGCCCAGGGACCCGGACACCCCGGCAUGAACCGCGGUUCGGAGGAAAUUAUGUCAUCGGAGCAACGCAUGAACCACGAGGGCCAAUGGGGGCCAGGUCAGAUGGGUCCUCGGCAGCCCCCCUACGUUCCUGGAGGGACGGCCCCGCCCAUGACCCGCACCCUGCAGUCCAACUACCAAUCCGCUCAGGCCAUGCAGAACCACAUUCCACAGGUGUCCAGUCCUUCCCCCAUGCCCCGUGGGGGCCCCAUGGAGAGCCGGACGUCGCCCAGUAAAUCUCCCUACAUGCACAGUGGCGUCAAGAUGCAAAAGGCAGGGCCCCCGGUCCCUGCCUCUCACAUAGUGCCCCAGUCUGUACAGUCCCCUCUGAUCCGUAGAGAUAUGCCCUUUCCCCCAGGCUCAGUGGAGGCCACCCACCCUAUCCUAAAACCACGCCGACGCCUCACCACGAAAGAUAUCGGGACCCCAGAGGCUUGGAGGGUGAUGAUGUCCCUCAAGUCUGGACUGUUGGCUGAGAGCACGUGGGCCCUCGACACCAUCAACAUCCUCCUGUAUGACGACAACAGCAUCUCCACCUUCAACCUCAAUUUGCUGCCUGGCCUGCUGGAGCUGGUGGUGGAGUACUUCCGGCGCUGCCUCAUCGAGAUCUUCGGCAUCCUGCGCGAGUACGAGGUGGGCGACCCCGGCCAGAGGACUCUACUGGACCCUGACGCCCUGGACAGAGACUGGAGCUGCACGGAAGAUGAGGAAUCAGGGGUGGAGGACAUAGAGGGAGAGGAGGAUGACGACGAUGAGGAAGAAGAGGUGGUGGUGCAACGUUCAAAACAGCCGGCCGGGACGACAAUCGAGGGACAGGCUCCGGUGAAGCAAGAGGAUGAGCAGGAGUCGUGCUCAGAACGGGACACUCUGAAAGAGAAGGACGCUGAAGAUGAGGAGAAGAGCUUCUCUAACUUUGAGCAGCCCAGCUCUUCAUCGGACCCCCCUGCCCUGGGCCCGGCUACCCCCCAGAAGAGACCCAAACAGGCUAGCAAGUUCGACAAGCUCCCCUUGAAGAUGGUACGGAAGAAGGACCCGUUUCCGGCAGGCAGGGCAAGCCAGAGAGGAAAAGUGCAGGAGUUUGACAGUGGGCUGCUCCACUGGAGCGCCGGCGGGGGAGACAGCACAGAACACAUCCAGACCCACUUUGAGAGGAGGGAGGAAUUUCUGGUCCCACGAGAACGAGUGCUGGUCGUCCCAACAGCCAAGAGGAAAAGGCUAGAAACAGAGAUGGUGGGGGACAAGGACAAUGCUACCCCCACAGAGAAAGAUAAGCAAAAAGGUGGGGGAGAUCAGAGGCCCUCCCAGCCAUCAUCCACAGAGAAGGCCUCAACAACAACCGACACCUCAGCCGACGGUAAGGAGGGGAAGUCCGAGCACUCGGAUGCUGAGACAGAGGAAACGUCACAGACGGAAGAGCCCCAGAGCCAGCAGGAGAACGACAAACCGAGCGGCCCUCCUCAUCAACAAGUCCCCCAGCGUGUGGUGGAGGACGAGCCUCACAGCAAGGACGAGGGCCCACUGCUUACACUGGCCAACUGGCAGGACGCUCUAGCCCGCCGCUGCGUCUGCGUCUCCAACAUCGUGCGCAGCCUCUCCUUCGUGCCUGGCAAUGACCAGGAGAUGUCCAAACACCCUGGCCUCAUGCUGCUGCUGGGUCGCCUAGUGCUGCUGCACCACCGCCACCCUGAGAGGAAGCAGGCCCCGCUCACCUACGAGAAGGAGGAGGAGUCUGAUGACUGCCUUGGCCAGAGGGACGAAUGGUGGUGGGACUGCCUGUCGCUGUUGAGGGAGAACUGCCUGGUCACUCUUGCCAACAUCUCUGGCCAGCUGGACCUCUCCAUCUACCCCGAGAGCAUCUGCCUUCCGCUGCUGGAUGGCCUCCUCCACUGGGCCGUGUGCCCUUCGGCUGAGGCCCAGGACCCCUUCCCCACGUUGGGGCCCCACAGCGCAAUGUCACCCCAGAGACUGGUCCUGGAGACUCUCAGCAAGCUGAGUAUCCAAGACAACAAUGUGGACCUGGUCCUAGCCACGCCGCCGUUGGGUCGGUUAGAGAAGCUGUAUGGGACCUUGGUGCGGCUGGUUGGGGAGAGAAAGGUGGCCGUCUGCAGGGAGAUGUCGGUGGUGUUGUUGGCCAACCUGGCCCAGGGAGACAGCAUGGCAGCGCGCGCCAUUGCCGUGCAGAAGGGAAGCGUGGGUAACCUCCUGGGCUUCUUGGAGGACAGCCUGGCGGCCACCCAGCUACAGCAGAGCCAGAGCUCUCUGCUGCACCUGCAGGGGAUGCACUUUGAGCCCACCAGUAAUGACAUGAUGCGGCGGGCAGCCCGGGCCCUGCACGCCUUGGCCAAGGUGGAGGAGAACCACUCAGAGUUCACACUCUACGAGUCACGCCUCCUUGACCUCUCAGUGUCACCUCUCAUGAACUCGGUGGUGUCUCAUGUCAUCUGCGAUGUACUCUUUCUGAUUGGCCAGUCAUGACAGCUGUAGGGAGCUUUGGCUCCACCUCCUCUUGGUUUCGUCCCCCUCUCACCCCCUGGUUACAACCUGGCUUGUAUGUGUGUAGGGGACAGGGAAAGUUCAAGUGACUGUUUUUAAUUUAUGCAAACCCUUCAGAUUCCAUUCUCUGAGCCUUCUCUCGCUGUUCUCACUCAAGGAGAAGGGACGUCACAAAGCUGCAGUGGUGGAUUUACAAACCAGAGACUCCACAAACUGACACAACUUGUAACAUUAAUGCCAACUAGAUGACAUAGUGCGGGAACCCGGGUUUAGGAGUGUUCCACACGUUGGGGGGGUUGUAUUUUUAAUAAAGAUGAAUAAAUAGCUGAAAAACAAACUGUAACCAAAGUUGCUGUCUUGUUUACAGUACGUUUGGGCAUAAUGUGUGCCCUUGCUCUCUCCUCGAGAGCACAGUGAGUGAGUCAGACUCUGGUUCAUGUUUGGAGGUAAAGCAGACUGAGGAACAGCUUGAUCUGAUGGUAUAGUGUCUGUAAUUGGAUGCUUACCAGUCAGCCUACAACUCAGUUGGCUGUUGAGACACCUUCACUGGGAGGCCUGUGCAGUAGAUUGUAGGGCAUUUUCUGUACCGUACUGCUCUUGAGUGUCAGGCAUUCUGUAAACAAGUUUCAUACAGAAAAACGUUGACAAUGCAGCUCUACUAGAGUUUUAAAAGUUAAUUUUAGUUUUGACGUUAAAAGCUAAAAGGCUUUCCCCAAAGUACCGAGAACCUACUACAACACCCUUACCUCCUCUCUUUAGCCCUUGAUUGUAUGAAUUGACCCUUGUAAAAUAAAUCACCUCUUAGGACUGGUUUUCAACUAAAGAUGCAGCUUUGCUGUGGUGUAUAUAUAUGAUGUUGUACAUUACACUUCCUUUCUCUGUCUCUGUCUGUGUCACUAUUCCCACACUUUUUGUUGAUGAGGAAAGGAAGGUGACCCAUGAGUUUGGUUCCUGUCAUCCAGUCCCUGCUGAUAGACCCUCUCCCCUCCGGCCUCUCACUCCAUGGCUCCUUAGUACGGCAGACUCGGAUCAAAUCUGUUCUCCUGGUACAAAAAAAAAAACUCUAGAUGAAGAAACACACAUUUGACAAUUCUUUUCUCCAGCGAUAUGGAUAUUUGUAUUUCAGACUGUAGCUAAAACAUGUAAAUUCCUCCUAUCCCCUUUUUUUUGGUUCAAUGAAUAUCAUUUAUUCAGUAUGAAAUCUUUAUACUAUAUGUUCCACGUGGUAAGAAUAAAUGUACAUUAAAUCUUCGUAAGAUGUU